AAAAUCACAUGUGUUGCACGGGUAGGCAAUUAGUUAUUAGUUUAUAUCCAUGCACCAAACCAAAUGUCUUCCCUCCAACUCAGUAGUCAACACUGGGCAGCACUAGACACUACUACUACUACUCUAUCAUUCUCUUCAUCCCCAUUGCAGCAGAAGAAGAAGAUGGAGGGAUCUCAUUCUCAGGUCUCAAAGGGUCAUCCCUACGUCCCACGCGACUUGCAUCUACCCGGCUAUGUUCCUUGCUUCCUCUCUGUCUCUAACAUCCUCUCCAUCUACGUCUUCUCCUCUUUGCUCAUCGUCGCUCUCGUCUGGAUCUUCUCAGGACGCCUUAAGAAAACCAAAGUUGAUAGAGUGCUGAUGUGCUGGUGGGUCUUCACUGGCCUCACACACAUGAUUAUUGGGGGUUAUUAUGUUUUCUCACCUGAGUUUUUCAAGGAUAAGUCUGGCUUCUACAUGGCUGAAGUUUGGAAGGAAUAUAGCAAAGCGGAUUCAAGGUAUGCCGGAAGGAAUGCAGUGGUAGUUACUUUUGAGAGCCUAACAGCUGUUUUGGUGGGUCCACCUUGCCUUCUAGCAGUAUAUGCAAUAGCUACUGGGAAGACAUAUAGCUACAUACUCCAGUUUGCCAUUUCCUUGGGCCAGCUAUAUGGAAGUGCUUUUUAUUAUAUAACAGCAAUCUUGGAAGGUGAUAAUUUUUCUGUGAACUCAUUUUACUAUUAUGCAUACUAUAUUGGAGCAAAUGCCUCUUGGAUUGUAAUACCCUCGAUGGUUGGCAUCCGCUGCUGGGGGAAGAUCUGUGAAGCAUUUCGCAUUCAAGGAGGCCAGACAAAAAAGCCUAAAGUCCGUUGAUGCAGACCUUUUCAGGUUAUUGGUUUUAAAGAUUCUGAGCUAAUAAUGAUGUUUUGGGCUAGUUGAGAUAAGAGAGACUGUUGUAAGAAUUGCCAAUUCAUUCUCUUAAACUGCAUCUCAGGGAGGAAAAAAAAUCCACUGUCAUUUGAGAAGGUGAUGUUUUUAUGCUUUGAACAAGUAUUUUCCUAUCAUUGAGAUUUGAAAUUGAAUGUUAGUUGGCACAAGCUAGAAUAUAGACACCAUUUCUUUUGCUCUUUGAGCUACAGUAGUUGUUCACUUCUUUUCCUUAAUUUGAAAGAAAAAUGUUGAUCUCA